AUGGCGACACCUUAUAUGAAGAAGAGCUGUGCAAGAGGAGGGAUUCGGGGCAGCAAGCAAUGGACAUCGGAAGCGACAGCAUACAUGUUCCUAGCACGAAAAUCCCCGAGCCCCAUCCAAGCCACCACACCCACUCACGGCAAUUCCAUUCUCCUGCCAUGGUGCAUGGCGAGCAGGGAGAUCUGCGAACUCCUUGAGAAGGGCCCUCUGGACGCCCCAAUUACCACCGAGUCGCUCAAGGAGCUCGAUCUAUUGCUCAUCAAGAACAACCUGAACUUGCGAAUCGACGUGCACUUUGACCACGAUCUCCAUUUCAUGCCUAUCUCCGGGAGGCGAGGCGAGGAGAAGCGUUCAGAAGCACGGAGAUAUUGGCGUUGUUUAGAGCUUGAGCUGCAAGUCUACCAGCACGAUGCCCUAGGCAAUUGUGAGUCCUGCAGUAACAGUGAAGACUGUGGUAGUCAAACUAGCGUCCCUCGCCGGCUGCACACCAUGUUCGCCCAGAUGAAAGAACUCAUUCUCCUCCUCGUGCCCGAUGAUGAUCAUGAAUGGGUACGCAACACUCUUGACGUGGGACUACUCGUCCAGGAAGUGCAGAAUGGGGUUCUUGACGUCGAGAAUCUGUCGUUGUGGCUGAAGGCUCUUCUGACUAACCACUGCGCCCCGAUUCGCGAUGACUGGGCCGAGGAGAUGGCUUCUACAAUCACCUCUGCGGCCAAGAAGGGCAAUAUGCAGUAUCUUGUGGUUGGGCUCGAGAAGUUGUUUUCCUUUCUAGAAUGCAUGCGCCUGGAUGUUGCGAACCACCAGAUUCGGACCUACCGUAUCCCAUUAAUCGAAGACGGAGUAGCUUUCCAGAUCGACUAUUUCGAAGCGCGGAUCGCUCAAGGCAAACUCAGCGUCGAGGGCUCGCGGCACUGGUUUGCAGGCCUGUGUGAGCAGUACCCUCGCACUGUCGGCCGGAAGGUGAAGGGUCUGCACGUCCUGGUGCACGGUCUGACCGAGCUUUGCACGAAGCGCGACACUCCUCUGCCCAUCACUCUGAAGCACGACCUGAGCCGACUCCGACAGAUACAGCAAGAACUGCAGGACAUCAUCCACUUCCGCAUCUGUGAACUCCUCUUCGACAAGAUCGUCCGCAAUCUCCGCCAAGGCAACGAGCGCCCGCCGAACAGCGCGCGCCUCUGCCCAAUGCGGCUCAUGGACCUAAUAGAAGACGAGCGAGGCGGCGCCGAAGAAGCCAGCGCCUCGCACCCCUGGCGCGACAACGCCGACUCGAUCGCCGUGGAAAUCACGCAACAAGCCUUCCGCGGCGUCGUCGCCGCUCACAAAGACAGCAGCACGGCCACCGUCAUCUCCCCGGAGGUCUUCCGCCACGUCCAGCGCGUGCUGCACGACAACUUCGAGGCCGAGGACGCCAAGCACGCCCAAGCCGACAGCCUCACGCCCCAGCUGGAAAGGAGGGUCCUCGAGCACGCGUCCCGCUUCGAUACCAUGACGCCGCUCGAGAUCUCAGAGGAGCAGAAAAGGACCUACUACCACCAAGCGAGAGCAGCUGGUGGGGCCGCCGAGCACCACCACGGUAGAUCGUUGCCGCAGGUCGACGACAUCGCCCGACGUCUGGCACAUAUUUCGGUCAUUCAUUGGAGGGUUUGGCGGGGAUUGGCGUACUUGGAUCGGGAAUUUUGGAUAGCGCAGGGCGUCGAGUUCGAGAAAGGCUUCGAGGAGGAGGAGGAGGAUGGGGACGGGGAAGGGGAAGGGGAAGAAGACACGACGGAUAUGGGGGAGUUUUGA